AUGGCUCUAUCUAUCAAACCCCAAAAUUCAGUGAUUGAACAACAAAGAAUUAUCAUAAAAAACAAGUAUGGUGAAAAUCUUGUUGGUGUCUUACACGAAACCGGGUCAACCAAAGUUAUAAUCUUAUGCCAUGGAUUUUCAUCCAAUAAGGAAUCAAAUAUUAAUUUGAGCGUAGCUGAUGCUUUAACAAACCAAGGAAUUAGCGUAUUUCGGUUUGAGUUUCCCGGGAAUGGCGAAAGUGAAGGUACAUCUGAGUUCGGAAACUGCAAUAAAGAGGCUGAUGAUUUGCAUUCUGCAGUCCGAUAUUUCUCAAGGAUGAAACGGGUUAUAGGUGGAAUCCUUGGCCAUAGUAAAGGAGGAAAUACGGUGCUCAUAUAUGCAUCCAAAUAUCAUGAUGUACCUAUUGUUAUAAACGUUUCUGGAUGCUACGACAUGAAGAAAUUAACUGAACAACACUUGGGUAAAGAUUUUAUGGAAAGAAUCAAGGAAAACGGAUUUAUAGAUGUCAAGGACAAAGAAGGAAAUAUCAAGUUCCGCCUAACAGAAGAGAGUUUACUGGAACGCCUGGCUAUUGAUAUGCGUGCAGUAUGCCUUUCAAUUGCCAAGGACUGCAGGGUCUUCACUGUUCAUGGCUCUGAGGAUGACCUUGUACCUGUGGAAGAUGCUUUCGAGUUUGCCAAAAUCAUACAUAACCACAAAUUGCACAUUGUGAGAGGUGCUGAUCACGUUUUCGACAACCAUCAGGGUGAGUUAGUUGAGGUGGUGGUGAAAUUCAUUAGAGAAUCUCUUUAG